ACGAUAUUGGUACAGCAAGGGCCACGACUACGUAGGAUCACUUGACGGGAGAUGACAACGGACGAAAUAAGGUAAUUGGCCGGCGGGACAGGCCACUGUAACACCGUCCAUACCCAUGCACUCUGAAUCUCAGUGCAAAUCGCGCUGCUGGCCAUUUGCCAUUCGCCACUGAUCGCCGCCUUCAUGCAGAAGAAGACGAUCCUUAUCCUGGCGACGGUGCUCGUCGCCGUCGCUGUCGCCGUCAUCCUCGCCGUGACACUCUCGGGUGGCAAGACGACCGACACCAACGACCGCGCCGGCAACGGCCAGAACCCGACGCCGGCGCCUGGCCCGAAGAAUGUGACGGCCGACGACCUCCUUGCGACGACGGUACCUGCGUCCAACACGCCGACGCCGGCGCCCACGGCCAACCCCGAGACGGAUCCGGCCGUCAUCACGAUGCUCGCGAUUGGUGACUGGGGCAGCACUACCGGCAAGAUCUCGUCGACGUCCGAGAAGGGCGAGGGCCCGCCGGGCUCGUGCUGCAAACUCUAUGAAGACAGCACUGUCGACACGUCCCGUCUGCGCUACAAGGUUGACUACUUUUCGCAGCUCUAUGUCGCCGACAUCAUGGCCAAGUCGGCCGGCGCGCUCAAGCCAAAGCCGUCGCGCAUCCUCGGGCACGGCGACAACAUCUACUGGGACGGCGUCGGUCCCGGCGACAUUCAGUACCGCAUGGAAGAGACGUUUGAGAAGAUGUACAACCAGCCGGAGCUCGCCGGUAUCAAGUGGGUCAACGUCGCGGGGAACCACGACAUUGGCGGCUCCGAGUUUAUCUGCGGCGAGAAGGACAAUGCGUUCCGCAAGUGCGACGACACGGCCGAGAUGCUCAAGUACCUCAACCUCAAGUUUUCGCUCCAGCAGAAUUACCAAAGCCCGAACGGGAACCGGUGGCUCAUGAAGGACCACUACUACAUUGAGACAGUCGAGAAGGACGGCGUGACGGUCGAGAUUUACAACCUCGACACCAACCACGCCGAGUCGCACGGCGCCGACCAAGUAUGUUGCCAGUGCUUUGGCUACGCGCGGUUGUUUGGCGUCAAAAACUCCAACUCCGAGUGCAAGAACGUCGGGCCCGGUAGCCGUCUCUGCGCCGGCGGCGACCUCGGCAUGUACAAGGCCUGUAUGGAGACGAUUGAAAAGUGGGGCCAAGACUCGAUGGACGGCGCCAUGCGGGACUUGGCAGCUUCGAAGGCCGACUUCAAGAUCAUCAACACGCACUACUCGCCGCAUUUCCACAUGUCGCCCGCGCGCAUGAUGCGCUGGUACAACGUGACGCAGAAGGCCCACGUGCAUGCGUGGUUCAACGGUCACACGCACGGCUUCAACCACGACAUUGCCAAGUGGGGGACCCAUUUCUUCCAGAACGGCGGCGGCGGGGGUAUCGUCACCGAGGCUUCGACGCCCGGCAACAACGAGUUUCUCAACCCGAUCUGGGUGGCCGGCGGCAACCCGUACGGCUUUAUGGAGCUCAGCUUCUCGAAGGACUGGCUCAAGGUGCAGUUUGCGACCUUUGACAAGGCGUGGAACUUUGGCGGCUUCAACCUCGCGGCGACCAACCGCGGCGGCGUCGCCAAAGGUCACUGCUGGUACAUUCCGCGCACGCAGGGCUCGAAUGGUGUCAAGUGCAGCGACUCGGUGGAUACACCGAUCGGCAUGCCCAUUUAAUAAGUCAGACGAGAAGUGUCUACAAGAGAACGACUUUUGCUUCCAGA